UUGGAGACCGCAACUCUGGUGGACACCAGCGGGCAGGACCGGCUCCGUGGCCCGUGAGCGUGGGCGAGAUGCGGAGCAGGAGCAAUUCUGGGGUCCGCCUGGACGGGUACGCGAGGCUGGUGCAGCAAACCAUCCUGUGUUACCAGAACCCAGUCACUGGGCUGUUAUCAGCUAGCCAUGACCAGAGGGAUGCCUGGGUACGGGACAACAUCUAUAGCAUAUUGGCUGUUUGGGGCCUGGGCAUGGCGUACCGCAAGAAUGCUGACCGUGAUGAGGAUAAAGCCAAGGCCUAUGAAUUGGAACAGAACGUAGUGAAGCUGAUGCGAGGUCUUCUCCAGUGUAUGAUGAGACAGGUGGAUAAAGUGGAGAAGUUCAAGCAUACUCAGAGUACCAAGGACAGUCUACAUGCCAAGUACAACACUGCCACAUGCAGCACUGUGGUGGGUGAUGACCAGUGGGGCCACCUCCAGGUGGAUGCCACCUCCCUCUUCCUCCUGUUCCUGGCCCAGAUGACUGCCUCAGGUUUGCGUAUUAUUUUUACCCUCGACGAAGUGGCCUUCAUACAGAAUCUUGUCUUCUACAUAGAGGCUGCAUAUAAAGUUGCUGAUUAUGGAAUGUGGGAACGUGGAGAUAAGACCAAUCAGGGCAUUCCAGAAUUGAAUGCAAGCUCAGUGGGAAUGGCCAAGGCAGCACUCGAAGCAAUUGAUGAACUAGAUCUUUUUGGAGCCCAUGGAGGACGCAAAUCGGUGAUCCAUGUCCUGCCUGAUGAAGUUGAGCACUGCCAGUCAAUUCUUUUCUCCAUGUUGCCAAGAGCAUCAACAUCUAAAGAAAUCGAUGCUGGACUUCUUUCUAUUAUUUCUUUCCCGGCCUUUGCAGUGGAAGAUGUGAACCUUGUGAAUGUGACCAAAAAUGAAAUUAUUUCCAAGCUUCAGGGGCGUUACGGAUGCUGUCGCUUCCUUCGGGAUGGUUAUAAAACCCCAAGAGAGGACCCACACCGAUUGCAUUAUGACCCGGCUGAACUUAAGCUUUUUGAAAACAUUGAAUGUGAAUGGCCUGUGUUCUGGACUUAUUUAAUCAUAGAUGGAGUCUUCAAUGGUGAUGCUAUUCAGGUCCAGGAAUACCGAGAAGCCCUGGAAGGAAUAUUAAUCAGAGGCAAAGAUGGGAUCCACUUGGUGCCAGAGCUCUAUGCCAUCCCACCAGACAAGGUGGAUGAAGAGUAUAAGAAUCCACACACAGUAGACCGAAUUCCACUGGGGAAGCUGCCCCAUCUUUGGGGACAGUCCUUGUAUAUCCUCAGCUCACUGCUAGCCGAGGGUUUCCUUGCCACUGGUGAAAUUGAUCCGUUAAAUAGAAGAUUUUCUACUUCAGUCAAACCUGAUGUUGUAGUCCAAGUUGCUGUUUUGGCAGAAAACAGUCACAUUAAGGGGCUCUUGAAGCAACAUGGAAUAAAUGUCCAGAGCAUUGCUGAUGUGCAUCCAAUUCGAGUCCAGCCGGGCCGGAUUCUUAGUCACAUAUAUGCCAAAUUGGGACAAAAUAAGAAUAUGAAAUUGAGUGGUCGACCAUAUCGGCACAUCGGUGUCCUUGGCACCUCUAAACUCUAUGUGAUUAGGAAUCACAUCUUCACUUUUACACCCCAGUUCACUGACCAGCAUCACUUCUACCUGGCCCUGGACAACGAGAUGAUUGUGGAGAUGCUGAGGAUCGAACUGGCCUAUCUGUGCACCUGCUGGCGGAUGACUGGCCGCCCCACUCUCACCUUCCCUGUCACACACACCAUGCUCACAAAUGAUGGCUCAGACAUUCAUCCCGCAGUUCUUUCUACAAUUAGAAAACUGGAAGAUGGCUAUUUUGGAGGUGCUAGAGUAAAACUAGGAAUCCUGGCAGAGUUCCUUACUACCUCAUUCUACACAUACCUGACCUUCCUGGAUCCAGACUGUGAUGAGAAGUUGUUUGGUGACAUCAGUGAUAGGAGCUUUAGUCCUGACAGUGAGUCAGACCUGGGAGGAUACCUUGAAGACAGCAGUCAUCAAGAAAGCCAAGAUGAGCUUGACCAGUAUAUCAGCCACCUUCUUCAAAGUACAUCCUUGAAGUGCUACUUGCCCCCUCUUUGUAAGAAGUCAGAAGACAGCCAUGUUUUCAGUGCUGUCCACUCCACUCGGGACAUACUUUCUGUGAUGGCCAAAGCAAAGGGUUUGGAAACUCCAUUUUUUCCCAUGAUUUUGCCAACUAGAGUUCUAAGUGGACACCGUAAGUCACUGAAUCUUGUUGACUCCCCUCAGCCAUUCCUAAAGAAGACUCCUGAAUAUGACUACCAGUGGCCCAGAGACGACCAGGAUGAAGUGGACUGUGAGAAGCUAGUUGGGCAACUGAAAGACUGCUCAAACCUACAGGACCAAGCAGACAUUCUGUACAUUCUUUAUGUGAUAAAGGGUCCCCGCUGGGAUACCAAUUUGUUUGGACAGCAUGGAGUCACUGUUCACAGUCUUCUCAGCGAGCUUUAUGGAAAAGCUGGCCUGAACCAAGAAUGGAGUUUGAUUCGCUACAUUUCAGGCCUGCUCAGGAAGAAAGUGGAGGUCCUGGCUGAGGCCUGUGCAGAUCUGCUGUCCCACCAGAAGCAGCUUACAGUGGGCCUGCCCUGAGCCCCGGGAGAAGACCAUAUCACGCCUCUUCCCCCAGAGGAGCUCACAGAACUCAUAUACGAAGCCAGUGGACAGGAUAUCAGCAUUGCUGUCCUCACACAGGAGAUCGUGGUUUACCUGGCCAUGUAUGUCCGGGCCCAGCCUAGCCUCUUUGCAGAGAUGCUCAGACUCCGGAUUGGAUUGAUCAUCCAGGUGAUGGCCACAGAGCUGGCUCGGAGCCUGAACUGCUCAGGGGAAGAAGCUUCGGAGAGCUUGAUGAACCUCAGCCCUUUCGACAUGAAGAGCCUUCUGCAUCAUAUACUGAGUGGGAAUGAGUUCGGCGUAGAGAGAAGUGUGCGCCCAAUACACUCCUCCAUGUCCAGCCCUGCCAUCUCCAUCCAUGAGGUGGGUCAUACUGGAGUCACCAAAACUGAGAGGAGUGGUAUCAGCAGACUGAGGAGUGAGAUGAAACAGAUGAAUAGGCGAGCUAGUGCUGAUGAGCAGUUCUUUCCACUGGGCCAAGCUGUGCCCAACAGUUUACAUUCCAUCAAGUCUGUGAGGUGCAGCACACCGUCCUCCCCGACAGGCACGUCAUCUACAGACUCUGGAGGACACCACCUUGGCUGGGGAGAACAGCAGGGCCAGUGGCUGCGCAGGAGAAGAUUGGAUGGGGCUAUCAACAGGGUCCCCGUGGGAUUUCUGAGAGUGUGGAAGAUCCUUCAGAAGUGCCAUGGUCUGUCCAUCGACGGUUAUGUCCUCCCAUCUUCAACAACCCAAGAGAUGACCCCUUGUGAGAUCAAGUUCGCUGUCCAUGUGGAAUCAGUGCUCAACCGUGUGUCCCAGCCUGAGUAUCGGCAGCUACUGGUAGAAGCCAUCAUGGUACUGACACUGCUCUCAGAUACGGAAAUGGACAGUAUCGGGGGCAUCAUCCAUGUGGACCAGAUAGUGCGGCUAGCCAAUCAGCUGUUCCUGCAGGACCAGGUGUCAUUUGGAACCACAGAUGUCCUGGAAAAAGACCAAGCCACAGGAAUUUGCCACCUCUUUUAUGACAGUGCUCCCAGUGGGGCUUAUGGCACAAUGACCUACCUAACGAAAGCGGUAGCUUCUCAUUUGCAGGACCUUUUGCCCAGUUCAGGCUGCCAGAUGCAGUAAGGCCUCACCCAUAAACAUGACCACCCUGA